GCGCGUCACGUGUGCGGAAGUGGUGUGGUGAAGGAGCCGGCCAUGGCGGACAUGGACGCGUUCAGACCCAGGCCAGAGGCGCCCAAUCCCCCCCCAGCGCCCCUCACCCCCACCGUCGGCGCCCCGGCGCCCGGCCGCUCCCUCAGGAGAACACCUGUUGGAGCAUCCAAAAGAUUAAAUGCAAGCUUUAAGUCACCACUACUUGCAAGCCAGCGGAACGCGGAACUCAGUGUUGUUGACCUUCAAAAUGAACUCGGAGAUCUGAGGAAGAAAUCUGAAGAUCUCGACAAACAGAUUGCUGAACUGACCUCGGAAGGGUACACUCUCGAAGAACUGAGCCAGCACAUUGACCAACUACACGAGUACAAUGACAUCAAGGAUGUGGGCCAGAUAUUGUUGGGAAAACUGGCCAUGGUGAGAGGCGUCACCAUCAAGGAUCUCUACGAUGAGGUUGGACUGGAUUUGGACGACUAGACUACAUCGAGGUGACCACUACUAGACCACGUGACGUGAAGCCGGAACGGAGGCACCUUGAUCUCUGCUUAUUGUGUUAUCAGGAGAAGGGAAAAGUCAAUCCUGGCCCUAAGCCGCCGAGAAUAUCGGGGAGGGCGGGUUUGGAACCUGGUGUGAUAGCCAAAACAUAGCAGAGUUUGAAUGAAGGCAGAUAGACACAAAAAGCUGCAGUAAAGGGCCUGCCCCACUCCGUGAUUUCAAAAUCCAGCGGCGACAAAAACAAAGUUGCAAUACUUGAGGAAACGCCGCACGCCGCAACUCUCUCGGUGACCUGAUGCCGGCAGUCGCCGAGAAAAUCGCCAAGUGCGACAGGCCCUUAACGGGUCAGGCAGCAUCCCUGGUGAAAAGGAAUGGGUGAUGUUUCGGGUCAAGACCCUAUCUUUAGACCCUGAAGAAGGGUCUCGACCCGAAGCGUCACCUAUUCCUUUUCCCCCAGAGAUGCUGCCUGACCCGCCGAGCUACUCCAGCUUCUUGUGUCUGUCUUCGGUCUGUCUGCAGUUCGGUCCUACACAGAGUUUGGAUAAAGUAGAUCCAGUGGCAUGCCAGUUAUUGUUGAUUCUUUGGAACUGUUGCAAUGGCUUCCGCUGUGUUUAAACCUAGCGUUCAUCUUCGACCCUCUCCCCUUGUUUAAGGAGACUGAUCCAUUAGUUUGCAGGGACUGAUCCCUUGUUACAGGGAGCGACCCCUGUGGAACCUGCGGCCCAGAUCCCCAAAGUUCAGCAGCUCUAUUGCCACUUUUGAGCAGGAGUUCGAGAGCACUGCAGAAUUACUUUGCGUAGAAAUGACUUGUAGUUUGAGACGCCAGUUAAAUUAAGUCACGUUUGUUGUCGUUGGUUUAGAAAUGGGUGGGCCGGGGGGCCUGUUUCCGCUCAGUAUCUCUAAACUAAACUAAACUACAAGGGCAAGGAUUAAACCUGUACUUAAACCUGUGCGUAACAUGGCAAGGAUAUCGAGUGGGGAAACUGUGACUCAAUUCACGAGCAGACAUUUGUAUUUGUCGUUCAUUGAAUGCCAAGGAGCAAUGUUGAUCAAUAAAAAGUUAAUCUUGAA